CCGCGGCGCCGGGGGUGGCGAGGGCCGGGCGACCGCUCGCUCCGCGCUGCCUCGGUGCAGGGCGAGCGGCGGGGCUUUGCAGUGGCCGCCGCCGCGGGAGGAGGGGGCUGAGCUGGCUCCGGAGUUGGCCAAAGAAGCUAGCCCUCGAAGGCAGGAGCAGCCGGUGCCUUCGGCAGAGGAGGAGGAGGAAGAAUCGCGUCGGGCGGAGCUUCAGGUCCUGUUCUCUCCGGCUUCUCCAUACAAAGAUUACGGUGCAGAAGGAAAUUGCACUCGCCUCCUCCGCCCCCCGGUACCCAGCACAAUGCACCAGCCGCCGGACUCCGCUGCCGCGGCGGCCGCCGCUGCAGACAUUAGUGCUAGGAAGAUGGCGCACCCGGCAAUGUUCCCUCGAAGGGGCAGUGGUGGUGGCAGCGCCUCUGCUCUCAAUGCAGCAGGUACCGGCGUCAGUAGUGCUGCUCCAUCUUCUGAGGAUUUUCCUCCUCCUUCGCUGCUCCAGCCGCCGCCUCCUGCUGCAUCUUCCACACAGGGACCACAGCCUCCGCCUCCACAAAGCCUGAACCUCCUCUCGCAGGCUCAGCUGCAGGCACAGCCUCUUGCGCCGGGCGGAACUCAGAUGAAAAAGAAAAGUGGCUUCCAGAUAACUAGCGUUACUCCUGCUCAGAUCUCUGCCAGCAUCAGCUCUAACAACAGCAUUGCAGAGGACACCGAGAGCUACGAUGAUCUGGAUGAGUCCCACACGGAAGACCUGUCUUCUUCCGAGAUCCUUGAUGUGUCACUUUCCAGGGCCACUGACUUGGGUGAGCCUGAACGCAGCUCCUCAGAAGAGACUCUGAAUAACUUCCAGGAAGCUGAGACACCCGGGGCAGUCUCUCCUAACCAGCCCCAUCUUCCUCAGUCUCAUUUGCCUCACCUCCCACAACAGAACGUUGUGAUCAAUGGGAAUGCUCAUCCACACCACCUCCAUCACCAUCAUCACCUUCAACAUGGGCACCACCUUCACCAUGGACACCACCAUUCAUCCCAUGCUGCUGUGGCCAGUCCGCCCAUCCCUGGAGGCCCACCCUCGAGCCCAGUGUCCAGAAAACUCUGUACAACUGGAAGUUCCGAUGGUGGUUUGCCAGUUGCACCCACUUCUGCUGUAUCAUCGAGUGGCUUGCCUGCAUCUGUGAUGACUAACAUCCGUGCUCCAAGUACUCCAGGCAGCAUAGGUAUAAAUUCGGUUACUGGCGCGAAUGCAACGAGUAAUGUUAACAUUGCUGCUGUGGGUAGUUUCAGUCCUAAUGUGGCAAGCAGCGUGCAUGGUAACGCUAAUACAAGUGCAAGCAACAUUCCUAAUGCUGCUAGUGUAAGUGUUGGGCCCGGAGUUACCAGUGGUGUUAAUGUGAAUGUCUUGAGUGGCAUGGGCAAUGGUACGGUUUCUUCCUCUCCUGUUGCUAACAGUGUCCUUAAUGCAGCUGCAGGUAUCACUGUGGGAGUGGUUUCAAGUCAGCAGCCACAGCAGCAGCAGCAGCAACCAACAGUUAACACGUCCAGGUUCAGAGUUGUGAAGUUAGACUCUACUUCUGAGCCCUUUAAAAAAGGUAGAUGGACUUGCACUGAGUUCUAUGAGAAAGAAAGUGCCCUGCCGGCUACAGAAGGCGUGGCGAUAAAUAAAGUGGUGGAGAGUGUGAAACAGCCCCCCACGGAGGUGUCUUCGGAGAGGGAGAGCACUAGUGGGAGUUCAGUGAGCAGUAGCGUCAGCACACUGAGCCACUACACAGAGAGUGUGGGAAGUGGAGAGAUGGGAGCCCCUGCUGUGGUGGUGCAGCAGCAGCCGCAGCCACCACCGCCACCACCAGCUCUUCAAGGUGUGACCCUCCAGCAGAUAGAUUUCAGUAGCCCUGGUCCACAGAGUAUUGCAGCAGUUAGUAUACCACAGAGUAUUUCCCAGUCACAGAUGUCACAAGUCCAAAUACAGCCUCAAGAAUUGAGCUUUCAGCAGAAGCCGGGUCUUCAACCUGUCCCUCUGCAGGCCACCAUGGGCGCAGCCGCCAGCAUCCAGCCUUCCCCCGUCAACGUGGUUGGUGUAACGUCAGCAGUAGGUCAACAGCCUUCCAUUUCCAGUUUGGCUCAACCCCAGCUGCCGUAUUCUCAGACAGCUCCUCCUGUGCAAACUCCUCUUCCAGGGGCACCACCCCAGCAGUUACAGUAUGGGCAACAGCAGCCAGUGGUUUCUACACAGAUAGCUCCAGGCCAUGGCCAGUCGAUGACUCAAAAUCCUACUUCAGAGUAUGUACAGCAGCAGCCAAUUCUUCAAGCAGCAGCGAUGCCCUCUGGACAGUCCAGUUCUGCAGGAGCAGGAACGUCAGUGAUCCCCGUGGUCCAGCCGCAGGGGAUCCAGCUGCCAGUGCAGCCCACAGCAGUACAAGCACAACCUGCAGCGGCGUCUGGGCAGCCCAUUGGCCAGGCUCAAACAGCAGUGUCUGCUGUACCAACUGGCAGUCAAAUUGCAAAUAUCGCUCAACAAGCAAACGUGCCCUCUGCAGUCCAGCAGCCAUCUACCCAAGUUACACCUUCAGUUAUCCAGCAAGGUGCUCCUCCAUCUUCACAAGUAGUUCUACCUGCUCCAACUGGGAUUAUUCAUCAGGGAGUUCAAACUAGUGCUUCAAGCCUUCCUCAACAAUUGGUUAUCGCACCCCAGAGUACCUUGUUAACUGUGCCUCCCCAGCCGCAGGGAGUAGAGACAGUGGUUCAAGGAGUUGUUUCCCAGCAGUUGCCCACAGGUAGUCCUUUGCCCUCUGCUAGUAGUAUUUCUGUUACAAGUCAGGUUAGUUCAGCCGGUCCUUCUGGAAUGCCUUCUGCCCCACCAAACUUAGUUCCACAACAGAAUAUAGCACAACCCCCGGCUACCCAAAAUGGCAGUUUGGUUCAAAGUGUUAGUCAAUCUCCCUUGCUAGCCACUAACAUAAAUUUGCCUUUGGCACAGCAGAUACCACUAAGUUCUACUCAGUUCUCUACACAAUCAUUAGCUCAGGCAAUUGGAAGCCAAAUGGAAGACCCCAGGCGCCCAGCGGAGCCCUCCGUAGUCGGCUUACCUCAGACUAUCAGUGGUGACAGUGGGGGAAUGUCAGCGGUUUCAGAUGGGAGUAGCAGCAGCCUAGCAGCCUCUGCUUCUCUCUUCCCGUUGAAGGUGCUACCGUUGACAACACCCCUGGUGGAUGGCGAGGACGAGAGCUUUGUUAUGUUUCCAAACUGGCUGCCAGAGCCAGAAGGAAGCGAAGGCAGUAGACACUAACUGUGUUGGUUACUACCUCCUUAAUGCUGAGACUGUAACCCCUGUUGGUUUGGUAGAGAGCAGGAGAGAGCCCAGCCCUCGUUCCACUAACAGCUCUAUUUCAGUGCUUCUCUCCUACCAGAGGUGCAAGGAGUGAUCCUAGAGCCACAGAUACAAGACCACGGAGAGCUAUUGACGUCAGGGGUCCACUUUCUCCACUGAACCCUUGGAGACAGAAUACCCAGCUUCUGGAGAGAGUGGGAGAGGAUAAUAAACAAAUUUCUUUCAACUGGUAAAACAUCAUACCUCUUCAGCAAAAGGAAUCCUUCUAGCAGAGCCCUCAUGGACGAUAUCUGUCACACAUGCCAGCACCUGCAGUUUGGAAGGCAGUGGUGAAUGGAUCCAUGCAAUAUGUCUAGAAGACAGAAGGAUGAGCCAGCCACCUGAUCUUGUUUCUUACAAACGUUUUAAGAUUUACUCUGGUUUAUUUUUGGUCUGAAAUGGAAAGGCUCAAAUAAUGAAGUAAAUUUUUCAUAUUGGAGUUUUAUACGGCCUUGAAAAUUUCGUAUUCUGAAGAUUGAAAUAGAAGAAGCUUGAGAGUCUUGUCUUUCAAAGCAGCUCUCUCUGUAUCUGUUCACUUAAAAGAUUUGUGGGACUGAAAACCAUUUUAAUCAAGUAGGCAACCCCCCCACUUUAAAAAGUAGCAUAAAAAAUAUAGAAAGCUUGAUGAAUCCCCUCUAGCCCCUCUUCUUUUGUUACCCAGUGCUAAAGGGGAUUAGCAAGUAAAGGUGGACCCGACUCUUCAAGAGUCCAUUAAUGUUAGGAUGUACUCUUAGCUGUCUCUUGCUGGUCCUGAGCCUCAUUCUUAUGGUAAUUUGUCAAAUCAGCAAAGUUGUAGAACUAUCUCGGAGACCAGCAGAGUCCGGUCUGUGAUCCUAAGUAGUAAAUGCCUGUAGUAAAUGCCUGUUAGGGUUUCCUCUGCACCAGGCAUACUAUUCUUGAAUGACUCAGAGCAGUUGGUAUGGAACAGUGGUAAUCCAGAGUCACUGAACCUGCAGGGAUGAAUGAAAUCUAGUUAUCCAGAUCACUGCUUGAAGGAGCUAUCAGAACCUUUGCUUCUUUGGUUAUCUAGUAACUCUCUAGAAACCAGUCACAGCUUUUCAGGAAAGCUAGCAGUAAGUCACCUGAUGCUGCCAGUUCCUCUUAAUUUAUAAUAAGCAUUAAGGAGAGAAAUUGUAGAAUUAAUAAUAUAAGAACAACUCUCAAAGUUGGCUCUCAAAGUGUAAAAGCUACAUUUGCUAAAAUAUAAUCUGCUUUUAGUCACUCUUGGCUGUAAGAACUAUUUUUUCUUACAAAUUAUAAGUCGUUUUUCUAAAGUACAAUGCUUAAAAAUAAAUGUGAAAGAUAAUUUUGAGCAGAAAAUUUCCCCACAGAACUCUGAAUUCCCAUGAAUGGUUACAGUUUUGUAUUCCCUACUUAAUAAGAUACUGCAUAAAUACAUAUACAAGCAAAAACCAAAUCCCCUAACAUUUUAGUAAGAACUUGGGGAACUGAAAAUUAGAUUUGCCUAGAAAUUUAACUUCAUUCUUUAAACCACUGUAGAAACCAUUUUAUGGCUUGAGGCCACUAGCCUUCUGUCUCUGCACUGAAGACAGCAAGUGAUUUAAACUCGGAAUCUCAAGCUUUAAUUAAUUUCAGCUCUGUUCUUAAAGUAUGCAAAAGACAUGCCAGUGCAUUUCCAUUAUCUCAUGCACUGCAAGCUAUUUCAAGUGAAACUUUUUGUAUAUUACUGUGUACUGAUUUGUUUAAGCUUUUAAUUUUGAUGCAUUUUCCUUUCAGAGUUUUAAAGAAUAAUUUCGUGUCACAAUAUGCAAUCCUAUAUCAUUUCCGUGUUUAUUUUAUGAACAUUAAUAUAAGUUAUUUUUCUAGAAUGCUUAAUUGUGUAAUAUUUGUAUUAUGUGAUCAUUUGAAAACUAAUAAAUAUUUUCUCCAUGGAAAAAUGCA